AUGUUGGUGGAGAUUCAAGCAACGGCUGAAAUAACCAGGUACGAAGAGUUAUCCUCCUCUUCCUCUUCCUCUCACUUCCAAUCAGCGUUCCACAUUCUACCCUCUAUAUCUGUUUCUUUAUCUCUCGAACAAUUUAUCUCAUCUCCCGCCAUAUCAUAUUUCUUUUCCCACCCUCUACGUCUUUCUUCUUUGUUUCUACUCUAUACUACGGUUUUUCUUUCCUUCUUAAAUUUUUUUACUUCACCACUUCCUUCCUUCCUCUCGAUCUUCUUAUUCCCCCUUAAUUCGAUGAUUCCAGUUUUUUUCCCCUUUUCUUUGUUUCGCGCUUUCCUUGUCUUCCUCGCAAGAUCAUACAACCCCAACAAUUUGCUUUCUCAACAACUUAACUGCUAUUGUUGUAUCAAAAGAAGUCUUUCAUCAUUUGCUAGCACACGUCUUCUCUCGCGAUAUUUUCUCGCAAGAUCUCGCCAAUGGCUACCAUCAAAAACACGGACUCAAAAUAAAGGUUUUCUUUUUCUCUCUCUCCUCUCUCUCUUUCUCUGUCUCUCUAUCUCUCUCCUUUCUUCCUUUACUUUUGAACUCUUUUUCUUUUCUUCCUUUCUUUUUAAACUUUUUUCUUCCUUUACUUUUAAACUCUUUUUCGCUUUUUCUUUCUUUUUUAAUCAUUUUUUUUUUUUUUUUUUUUGUAAAUUCAUUCUCUCCUUCUUCUUUACCUUAAAAAAAUGUUCUUCUCUUCUCCAUUUCGUAUUAAACCGUUAUGUCCUUUUUUUUCCUUUUUACCCUCUUUCUCUUUCUUUUUUCUUUCUUUUUAAAACCUCCUUUUUUUCUUUUUUAAUUUUUUUCUCUCUUUUUUUUUACAUUUUUAACCACUUUUUCUUUUCCUCUUUUUUCCUCUUCAACUUUGUUCUCCUUAUCUGCUUUCCUUUUCUUUCCUUCUCUUUUUAUCUCUGUUUUUACUCUCUCCUUUUUUUCUAUCACAACUUCUGGACGCCUACGUCUACCCAAUCGAAAGUAUAA